AUGGAGUCCUCGGCGACGACGGGCGCGAAGCGGCUAUCGAGGGUUGACGAGAUCCGCCUUAUGGAAGCACUCUUCCCAUAUGCAUCCUCCCAGUCUCUUUCCGAGGCCGUUAGGGCAACAAAUGGUGUCGAGGAGGCGAUUUUUCACUUGAACGCCACUGCAAAUCCCGACCUUGACAGCGCGUCCUACCUGCUAAAAAUGAAACGAAAGACCGCGAUUUCAGCGGAAGUGACGAGUCCAACAACAGCGGCAAAAGCAGCACCGCCACCCAAUUCAGCCGCCAUCGUUGUUGACGGUGAUGGCAAUGCGAUGAGCCCCUCCCUGCAAGACACAUUUGCCGCUCUGCAGUCUCACCUCUUUUCAAGACUGGCCCUCUUUGACGAGAAGACGGGCACGUUGGAGGUCAAUCAGCAAAACGAGUACAACGCCACGGUCGCGGUGUUCCCAAUCGACACCGCCGCAUGGGAUGAUCAUUUUAUCACAUCUGCCACCCUGACAGAUGUGAUGGGCGCCCAUCCCCUCGUCUUGCCCACGUCGGCGGAGGCGGCAUUUUCACAGACCGAGCUUGGCGAGGGCUGGGAUGGAAUUCAGGCGCCCAUUGUCCGCUGGGCCCCAACCGCCGCCGCCCUAAAAAAGGAGCGGAAUGAAAAUAGGGCGACCCUCUCGGAAAAGGAAAUUUCUUCGCUAGUGUGUAUCUUGCAGUCUGAAGGGGAGGAGGGCGGCGCCAUUGCACGAGAAAGGAAUGGGAUGGGCACCAAAAAUGGGACAUUGAUUGUGGAUCCUGCGGAGAGUCCUACUGCAAGCGUUGGCCGCAUCCUGCCAACUCCGCUGCAGUACCGCGUCCGGGAGGAGUGUGAGCUGCGGGUAAUUCUGGACGAGCUUGAAGCGCGGGGGGGCGAGGCAUUCCACAAGAUGGGGGGGACCAACCUUUGCAAGGAGAUCGUGAAGCACUGCAAAACGCUUACAGGUAUACUCCCUGAGUAUUUUCCAAAGCUGCUCCGCGUGAUUGGAAAAGAACUAGAGGGUGAAGAGCUGCUACCCGCCCUCCAAAACGUUCGUUUGAAGGCCUUUGGGGAGGCGGUUCUUAAUACCGGGGCGGUGCGAGUUAGAGAGAUUGCGUUUGGGCGUUCGUACGCCCGCUUUAGCGAGAAUGGUGAGCACCUACUGUGGCGUGUGAAGUUGAAAUACCUGGCGCUGGACCCGGCUUCGUUUACACUCACGAAGGCGGAAGGCCGCGGCGACGUCAAGAGAGGAACCGUGAGCGCGAAAAUCAAGGACCUCAAAGUAAAGGCAAAGUUAACACUGCGGUUGCUUUCGACGGGUCGUUUGAACGCCACCUGCUGCGACCCGCACGUCUCCAUUGGUUCGUUGCACACUAAGUGUUCGGUGUGCAGUCUGAACGCACUGGGCUUCUUCUUGAGACCGUUCCUCAAGCAAAAACUUUGCCUGUACUUGAUUGAGAUGUUGCGCGAGGGCAUAGCGCUGAAUCCUGGGUAG